AUGAGCAAUAUUAAAGUGUUCUGCAGAAUUAGACCAUUAAAUCAAAAAGAAACAUCUUUAAUCAGUUACAUUAUUAGGGAACAAACUUUGCAGAUAGGUGAGUAAAAGUUUACGUUUGAUAAGAUUCUUGAUAGUAAUACAACCUAACAGGAGGUAUAUGAUGAAAUCGGAAAGCCAAUUAUUGAUUAAGUUCUUUAAGGAUUCAAUGCCACACUGCUUAUGUAUGGCUAGACAUCGUCUGGUAAAACUUACACUAUGAUUGGGGGAUCAACACUAACCAGGAAUCAUUAAAAGAACCAUCAAUGA